UAUUUCUGCAGAAGUGCAAAAGUUUGCUCGGUAACUCCGGGUUAGUGUACUGCAUUUAGUCGGCCAACUAAUAGUCCCCACUGGUGGGAAAAGAUGACAACGUGUUACGUGACGUUUCAGCAGCAGCCUCCCUGAAUGUCCAAGAGUCCCCAUGGAUGACCUGACCCAAGCCCUCUCGGCCAGCUUUGCUGUGUCCAAGGAGCCUAACAGCACAGCCGCCCCUCACCCUCGGCUGGCCCAGUAUAAGAGCAAGUACAGCGUGCUGGAGCAGAGCGAGCGGCGGCGGCGCUUUCUUGAACUGCAGAAGAGCAAAAGGUUAAACUACGUCAACCAUGCGCGGCGUCUGGCUGAUGGGGACUGGACGGGGGUAGACAGCGAUGGAGAGGAGGACAAGGAGAAAAAAGAGGACGGGGAACAGGAGCAAGAUGAUCAGACAGAGGAAGAGGGGAUGGAGAUUGAGAGGAGGAAGCUGCCAAAACAUUAUGCAAACCAGCUUAUGUUGUCAGAGUGGCUGGUGGAUGUGCCAUCAGAACUGGACACCGAUUGGCUGAUGGUGGUCUGUCCUAUCGGGAAACGAUCCCUCAUUGUUGCCUCCAAGGGUUCCACUGCAUCGUACACUAAAAGCGGCUACUGUGUGAACCGGUUCCCCUCCCUGCUGCCCGGUGGGAACCGACACAACUCGGCCAUGGGAAAAGACUACACGAUCCUGGACUGCAUUUACAGCGAGGUGGACAGAACGUACUACAUCCUGGAUGUCAUGUGCUGGAGAGGCCACCCGGUCUACGACUGCCCGACUGACUUCCGUUUCUACUGGCUCCAGUCCAAAGUCCAGGAGACGGACGGCCUAUCAGAAAUCGCCAAACGCAACCCUUUCCGGUUUGUGAGCCUCCAAAGCACAGAUUGCACAGCCGAGCUGAUUCAGAAAGCCCUGGCAGCUGAGUAUAGCUUCAGCGUGGACGGUCUGCUCUUCUACCACCGGCAGACCCACUACACCCCCGGCAGCACUCCCCUGGUGGGCUGGCUUCGCCCUUACAUGGUCACUGAUAUCCUGGGCAUAGAGGUCCCUGUAGGGCCCCUCACCACCAAGCCUGAAUACGCCUGCCACCAGCUGCAGCAGAUCCUGGAACACAAGAAAACAUCAAGUGAAGUCCGCCCGGCCAACAGAAGUGGAGGCUAUGAGUUAGAGUACCUGUCCACACCAAGCCUGGACAGUGGGGACACUCUGAACUUUUUGAAUCAAAAGCCAAUAAGGGAAGCUCACAUGGAGAUCUGAGUGAGAGGCUUAACGAGAUGCAAAUUGCUAACUCUCGGUUUCUGAGUGGUGGCGGCCCACAUAUGGCUCUUUAGAAUAUCUGCUGAAUGGUUUUGCAGAUCUGACCAAUUGCAAAGCAUGGCUAAUUCUAAUCCGGCACUGCUCAGGACGCCCUCAGAGUGCCGAUUAGUAGAGCUAUGCUCUAUAUGUGUGUUUUUAAAUGGCUACAAACUCUGCCAUUAAUAUUGUACCUGUUACUGACCUCUGAAACAGAUUUGUUUCUUUGGGAGUAAUUGCACAGUCAUUAAUCACUGUAAUGACUUAGUCACAGUGUGUUAUGCAGCUCCCUUUCAUAACACCAUAGGUAGUCACGUGGUCAAAAAACAGGACAAGAGGUUUCUUAUGCAAGAUAUACUGCAAAGUGCAGCACGGUAAAUGUUGUGGUAAGGGGUUGUUUUGCUCCUCUGCACUUUUUGCACUUAAAAUAGAUCUCGCUUAAGAAACAUCCUUACUGUUGUCAGUUUGUAGCAGACUUUCUAAAACUAUCAUUGAUGCUUACCAGGCACAAAUUCCGCUAUUUUUCAACUGAUUAUCAUUCGUUAUAAUGGAGAGUGAUAUGGAAGUUGAGGUGUUGCUGACUGGUCGGACCCUGUGAGUUGCGAUCAUGCUGAACCGUGCCAGUGACAUGGACUUUUACAAUUUAAUGUUGCAUUUAAAAUUGUUUCGAUGUUUUUAAAGCGUAUGUUUCUUAAUAAAUCAUUUUUUUAUCGGCCUACA